GAAGGAGAAAGAGAACUACAACACGAAUAUAUUGAAACAAGAACCAAAGUGAACCAUAUAAAAAUUGGCAUUUUUGUACCGAAGAUUGCUUUUUUUUAUUUUUUUUAAAUUUAUAUUGGAUAUUUUUGGAUCGAAUUGGUUUCUUUUUCCGGAAGAUUUAGCAUCAGGUUUUGGCUAUCAGUCAUUGUCGACUAAAAACGUGCUUUUUGUGGGAACCAAAUAGCUCUCUAGGUUUGUCAGGAGAAGAUAAACUGUUUUAAUUGAGCACAUUUCUCUCUUCGUUCUGAACUGGUUAUAAACUUAGAAAAAAACGCAACUGUACUAUCCUCCCUUUUCAUCGUCAGAGAAUAAGGUAUUUAAUAUGGCCUCUAUAUUGGAAAAUCCUGAGAACAAUGCAAAGAUUCAUCAGCUUGUGGAAUCCAAACUGGCCGAUUACGGCUGGGCCGAAGAAGCAGCCUCUCUUACGGAUUUCAUUUUCGUAAUGAUAAGUAAUGGAAAAGAUCAAUCACAGGUUACCGAAGAGCUUGUGGACUUGAUAGGACCCGAAUUUGAUUCGAAUUUUUCUCAGUGGCUGUUUGACGAAUUACGAGAGUUUGAGUCCUCACAAGGCGCACAAACAACAAAUGAAGAACAGGUUUCUGGUCAGAAUGAGCAGCCAACUUUAGCAGAAACCUCUAACGAAAGAUUGCCGGAAACCAGUGCGGCCGCGACUGCUGACACAAAAGAGGAAGUGGGUAAAGGAAAUCCUCCUCAAACAGAACGUGUUGGUCAAAAAUUAAAGAGUUCUGCUGUUCCAAAGCAGCGAUUCAAUCCUAUGGCACCUUCCUUUAGUGUAACAAAACCUAUCGUACCGCCUGCUAAACGCUUCUUUAAACACGACGAAGAAAUACCUCUUUGCAAAUUUGCCGACAAAUGUGCUCGCGCAGAUUGUAUUUUCGCUCACCCUACUCCCGCUGCAUCUUCAGGAGAAGGAAUGGUUUUAAGCAAUAAGAUGUGUCCUGCGGGGAGAGAUUGUAAAAAUUCAGACUGUGUCGAGGGGCAUCCAUCUCCAGCCUUCGCCACUACACUUCCCUUCAAAGGAACAAUUCCUGUUGUCUGCCGAUAUAAUCCCUGUUUGAAUCCUAGUUGUCGCUUCCUUCAUCCUCAGAAAAGCAAGAAUAUGACAUGGACACCUUCUUCACAGUCGAUUUCACCAGCUUCUAUAAGCGAACGUAAAUUUGCCGUUGAAGAUUCACAAGAACAUUUGCAUGUAUCUUAAAAGUGAAAAUAACUAAUAUUUAUCGAGUGUCUGUCUUUUUCUUCUCAUUCAAGAUUCCCAUGAGCGAUUGUAUACUUGGAUGGUAAACCUGACAAUGAUUCUGUAUUCGCUUAGCUAGAAGGCUACGUUUAUGAAAGUUUGUAUAAUAUCAAAAUACUUAAGUAUCUUCUUAUAAAAUAUUGGGUUAUAGCGGACAUAAUGAAAUUUGUCGUUUUCGUUUAAUCUAACCUUGAUAGUUUUUCUGAUACCCCCACUCCCCCACACAAAGUUGUUUUGAUUCUGAGCUAUAUGUUUACAUUCAGCUGAAUCGUAGCUACCAUAAUCAACCAUUGAUAUU